AUGGGCGAAAUACCGAUUACAAGAAUCGGGAGCUAUACUAAAGGACAAUUUCCCGGAGAUCCAGAUAUUGCUGGCAUAGGAAUUCUUGCUGUUUUCGUUGCCGUUACCUCGCUUGCGAUAAUCACCGGUACCGUGUCGAUUAUUUGGAAACUGGCCAAAAGGUUCCACUGGAAGACGACCUAUAGUGAAAAACAAAAGAAACAAAGACAACAUAAUACGAGUUUCUCUGAUGUCUUGGAAACUCUGGUCCUUGCUUGUAGCGACCAGCAGGUCUUCACGGGAGCUGCGUUUGCGCUCACACUUCGGUACUGGAGAGGCUGUACGAUCUCAGCCUAUCACUAUAACAUCGUCGCGAACAUGAUGCUUCUCACCUGCGCCACGCACCUAAUAUCGGUAACUAUCGUCCGAAACUAUUGGAAGUUCCCAUGGCUAGCCGCCCUUCGUGUCCUCUCGAUAACAGCUGUUUUCGCAGUCACAGGAUUGCUUAUGACCAACCAGAAUGCAGACGUGAAAAUGCCAUUUCCCACUAGCAUACCAUACGCAAAUGAGACUGAAAGUCCCAUCUUCCUCCCAGCCGCCUGCUUUCAGGGCGGAAACGAUACGAUCAUAGAUACGAUAGAGGAGACGACUUCGAACGCCCAUGCCUUCUUUAAGAACAAUAUCUCUCAGUCGACAUCACGCAUUAAAAUCCAAGGCUGGAAUCUAUACAUCAUCAUCCUUCUCUUCUAUGGGGCCGCCAUAAUUGCCGAGUUGGUUAGGUUAAUUCGACGCAGCAAAAGCAGACCCGGCUGGAGAGGCCGCGUCGGCAAUCAAUUUCGAAAGUGCGGUAGCCUCGGAACAACCGCAAGGAAGAUCUCGCAGUGGGUAUCCACGAUAUAUCUUCUGGCAGGCAUAAUCUUGAGCUAUGGUGUCACCGUCAUAUCAGCACGUUAUAUAUUCGAACUUCGAAAAUGGGUUGAUAGGUCAGGAUGGAUUGCCCUACAAAACAACGAGAACCCAGAAAAUGAUGCCAAAAGCUUUGGUCAGAUGGUUCCUAUACUCUCUAGUGCGUUAAUCGUCUUUAGCUUCGCUCAGAUCGUAAGUGAGAAAUGCAGGAAACACAAUGACCGUAAGCAUAGCGACGAAGAGAUGCCCUCGCAAGUUGGCACAGUCGAAUAUUUCGGUUCGUCUAGGUACAACAUGGUACCUCAGUCGGUCCCAGAAAAAUAUAAGGCAAUGCACUAUAGGUCGAUGGAAGUAAGCGCGGACAGCUUACCACCUCAAGUUAGCUUUGAGAACCAAUCGCCUUGGGGAGGAAGCAUGAACUCUAGCGGGACGGUGGCCACGCCACUGCUCAGCGGUAGUCCUUAUUCCUCUACAUCAGGAACACUAGGUAUACAGCAGCCUAUGAUGAAGGACUCUCGCCACAGCAUCUUGCCCGAUCGUCCUACACCGAAGUCGCGCAGUUUAAUAGGAAGUUCGAACCCUUCUCUAGAGUCAAUGCCGAGGCCAGUAGGUAGGCCAGCAAAUUUCGAUGGAUUAUGGGUUCAGCUGUCUUAG